AAUAUUUUGUUAGUAAUUUUAGUUAAUGACCAUUAAUUGAUAUGAUGCAAUGUAAUCUAAGUAUCUAACAAAGAAAAUAAAAUAUAUUGUUUCUCUGAUUGGCUAAUUCCCUUUCCCCCUUCGGAAAGGUGAGCAGUAAACCCUAUAUUAAAGCUGAAAUUGUGUACUAUAUUUCGAGAAAACCCCGGGAAGGAAAUAACACAAAGCCACCGGCCUGAGGAAAUAACCGAAAACCUCAAAGAUUCUCUCUCUGAAACCGGAAGAAAAAUGGCGGCUCCACAGAUUGACGGAGCCGGAAACGAAGCUCGGGAAACCCUCAAAGCAUUCCAGCGCAGAGCUUCCGAAGCCGAGGAUCGGCUGUCGAGACUGGAAGCUGCAUUGGCAAGUAAGGCAGAUGGUGGGGAUUCAGAGCUUCUGAAGACUAUAAGUGAACUCCAAUCGAAAUUAGAGGAUGUAACUGCAGAGUUAGCUUCGGAAAAGCAGAAGGCACAAAAGCUUGCUGUUGAGAAUGGGAAGCUCCAGUACCGAGUUACACAUCUCGUCCGUUCAGUCAGAGAAUCUGACUGAAACUCUUACAAACACUUCGAUGGUAUAGCGAGAUACCGAAUUGGUUUUUUUACAUAUUAUGAGAUUCACAGCUAAAGAAUCAGAAACUAGUCUUACUAUUACCUCAUUCUUGCAGCAGGAUUUGAUCAGAAGCUAGAUUCUGUAGUUGAUGAUGGGAGGAAUCCUUCUGUCUGUUCGAAUUAUCAUUUCUAGUAUUAUCAUCCAACUUUGUUAUUACUUAUUAGCUGCUUGGUGUUCAUCGUUCUCCUCCUUUCAUGGCGUUCGCUUCUCUUGCAAGAAAACUUGAUCUUAAAUAUUUGUGUAUUGUUGAUAUAGACUUGGUUCCCUUUUGGGAAAGAGUAGGUAGUUAUUAUGAAGUCUGCCGGUUGAGGUGCCGUUUUCUUUGUUCAGAUCAGCUGAAGAAAUGACUCAAAGCUCCUAUUUUAACCUACUGAUUUGACUCCCCUUGGUAGUUGGAAUUACCAAGAACAUGAAAAAAGCUACUUGACAUAGUAAUUUCAGUGGGAAUUGCUGGACAAUAUUUUCAACGGGGAAAGUGAUGGAUCCUUUGCUUUUUACUUAUCUAGGGUGUAAUCCAAAAACAGUAUUACUGGUUAACUGUUAGAACUUGAUGACAUUGCAACCACCUAGGAUGGUUCAAGUGGGUAAAACACGAAGUUAGCAAGUAGCAACUUGUAGACCUUGUAAGUUGUAAUCACAUAGGAUGUCUCAAGUGGUUAGACAUGAAGUUGACACGAUGUAUUCGCUACGAAUUCGCAAGAAAUAGUAUAUAGGGAAUCAUCUCUUGGUGGCCGCGGCAAGGUGGUAAGCAUGAAUCCUUAGCUCUAACGAUCCAGUGUCAAGAAAUCGGGGUUUGGAUUCAUGUCAUUAAAAGAGAGGGGGAAAACAAACAUUACAUUUUUAAUUUUUCUGUUUACUUCUCUUGAAAUAAUAAGUUACAAUCUUUUGUUUGAUCGAUAAAUUCUAAACAUUCUUUUGAAACAUCAUAGGAAUUCACAAAAUGAAUAUAGUUUGAGCUUAUUCAUAGAUGACAAGGAUCAAUGACACAAAAAUACUUUCAAAAAUUUUAGGUCAACAUGUCAUCAUUCACCAAUAAUCCAUCAUAGAUCAUCAAAAGAGCUACACCUUUUGUCAAAACUAAAAAAAAAACCUUUUUGGGCCAUAAGCAUGGUUUGUUAUCUACAAACUACAUUGCUUUUAUGAAUCUAAACGCAUCAUUUUCUUAAGAAAAAACAUCAAAUUAAAGGCAUAGUUAUAGUUUCAAAUGCACUUAAUCUACCUUUAUGUGGUUUGGUGGUAACCAACCUACCUUAAUUCAACAACUACCUUUCACCUUUGUGUAGCUUAUGGACAACCGAAACAUGAUAAACGUACACACAAUUCCUACGCGUAUUUGAUCGUCCAAUUUGUAAUCUCACCCGUCAUCAUAUAGAGCAUGCACAAUAUGAGUCGGAAUAAAAACUUAUAAUGUGU